AUGUCGACCGCAUUUGAGCCCUCACUUCCCACCAGCACGAUGCGCCCUCCGCUCUCAACGGCUGACGCGCCUUCAAUGGCUGACUCGCUGCCGAGUAUCAACUUCGGCUUCGACGAGCUCCGCGACCGAAUGGCAAAGUUCACAGUCAAAUUCGAUACUUUCAUAGAGCAAGGGCGGAAGCGGGUCUUAGAGGAAAGGAACCAGUUCCGAAUGAAUGUUACCGAAUUGAAAGAGGAUCAACGAAUGAAGAAGAGGGACAUCGAGAUUCUCUCCCAGAAAUCAACAACACAUAACCAAACGCUUGCGAAAGAAGCUGCGGAGACAAAUGAGAUGAAGGCGGCCAUUGCGAAUUUGAGCGCACAGCGGGAUACACAACUUGCGACGAAGGAGAAUCUCAGGCAGCAGAUCGAGGACACACAGAGACAAAUCGAUACGCGUCUGGCUGCACAGCGGGCGCAUGCUCAACACCUUGACGCGCAGUCAAGAUUCAAUAUCCCCGAACUCGACUUCUGGACCUCAACUCUGGGGUUGAGGAUCGAAGGAGCCGGAAUGAACGACCACCUCAAAUUUGUCUUCACGCACCUAGAUGAUAGGGACUGGACUCGAGAAGUGUGGUUUGAGCUGGAUGCUACGAAGAGAGACUAUGAGAUUCCAUACUGCAAGCCUAAAUUGGAGAAAGAACAGGUCGAGCGGGUGCUCGAGAAGAUCAAUGAGUGUAGGGAAUUGCGCGUUUUGUUGAAGGGUAUGAGGGAGCUUUUUGUGGAAGCGCUCAAGGCAUGA